GCGCCUAUAAAUAGGCCCCCCGGGGGAGGCCCUCGCUAGCCACAGCCAGCCCGUGUGCAGAAGUGACCGACUGAUAGAUCAGGGCUAACUACUUGAUUAGCAGCAGCAGACCGUGCGCGUAAAAGCUGGUUACCGAAGGUUCGAGAGAGACCGUCGGUUGGCCGUAAUGCCGUGGCGUCUAGCUAGACAGACAGAAACCCCCACGCGGUCGAGCUCGGACGGCGGCGGGGAAUCGGUGGACGGGGAGGCCCGGAGCGUGCGGUGCGAGUGCUGCGGCAUGGCGGAGGAGUGCACGCCCACGUACAUCGGGCGCGUGCGGGAGCGGUUCCAGGGGAAGUGGGUGUGCGGGCUGUGCGCCGAGGCCGUCAAGGAGCGGCAGGCGCGGGAGCCGGCGCUCACCGUGGGCGCCGCCGUGGAGGCGCACGCGUCGCUGUGCGAGCACUUCAACACCACCGUGCGGCUCAACCCCAAGCUCUCCCUCGCCAGCUCCAUGCGCGACAUCGCGCGCAAGAGCUGCCAGCACCGGAGCAGCGGUGCCGCCACCGCAACCCCUCCAUCCGCCUGCGGCGGCGACAAGCUGAGCCGCGCCGCCAGCUGCGCGCUGCCGUACGUCUGACACAUGCAUGGACGCGCGGCUCCCGAUCUGAUCGCCAACGAUUUACA